AUGGCGGACAUCAUGGACGACCAACCCUCCUCGGGUCUCCAGUCCUCGGAAGAUGAAGGGGGCAAGAUGCCCGUGGAGUCUCUGGUCCAAGGGCGCGCGAAGCGCAGCACGGCGGGACGACACAUGUCCGCCCUUAUCGACGCGGCCGCAGACGACGAUCUCACGCUAUUGUUUGAGGAGGUGGAAGAUGAUAAUGAGUUUGCGAUGGAUGCAGAGGCUGCCGAAGAGGAUGAAAUGGCGCUCGAUUCGUCCUCAGAUGACGACGAUGACGACCAUGGUCCGAACGCACAGAACGACUACGAGGGGGAGAAGGAACUGCAGAAAGAAGAACGCAAAAAACGUCGAGCACAGAACGACCUUCGCUUCCAGACGCUACGCAAACGAGUCAAGAUCGAUCCAACCGCCCUAUCCUCUGUGCCUGCUCCUCCCGUCCGCCCGAAGAAGAAGUCUGAGCGCAUCUCAUGGCUCCCUACAGUGGAAGACGGACCGACACGAUCGUCCUCACGCCGGCAAACGAUGGUCAAUAAGGAACUGACGCAUGCGCGUCUCAAGGAUAGCCAGGAGAAGCGUAUUCGGAUUAUUGCGACGAUGAAGGAGGCCGAAAAGCGGAAGGCACAUCUGAAGCCCAAGGAGAUGACUCAAGAGGAUCAUCUCGCGGAAGCCGCCAGGGUAGAGCGACUGAACAGCAAAAGUCUGAAUCGCUGGGAGCUAUCGGAGAAGCGGAAGGCAGAGGAACGCAAAGCCAAGAUCGAGGCGCUCCAGAAUCGCCGACUCGAGGGCCCUGUCCUUUCUUACUGGAGUGGGGUGGCUACAUGGGUAAAUGGACGGCUCACACGGGUCGGCAAGAUCGAUAUCAAGGCGAAGCCGGAGAAGGAGGAAACCCGCAAGAAGAAGAAGGACAAGGAUGAGAUGACUGCUACGGAAUCACAGGGCGGACAAAGUGCCACGCCCGCUCCUGUGCCGCCAUUGAACAACGCAGCUCCUCCCGGGGAUGCUUCUGCUCUGGCUCCAGCUCUAGCACCAGCUUCAGUGUCUGGUUAUCUUGGUCCUAUUCCGCCAUCUGACCAAAGGCCAUCCGAAAAUACUACACUCCAAGCAGCCUCAACGCCUACACCAGAACAACCUAGCAAGCCAGUUGAGAACCCUUCCGAGCAAAAGGCCGUUGAUGAAUCACCCGUCAACAAAAUGGUACCCGGGGAUGCUGAACAGCAGCCCGCCUCAGACUUUACAGAGAAGGAGGAGGUCAAGGCUGCUGAGCCAGAAGCCCCGGCGCCUACAUCCAAGCCCUCUAAAAAUCACCCAAUACCAGUCGUGGAGAUAAUCGGUCCUCGUCGCCCAUCUGAUUCGUCUGCCAAGGAAGCCUCAGAAGACAAGCCUGCAGAGGUACCCUCGACAGACAAGCGUGAAGAGAAGCCAGAUACUAUGGACCUUGAUCCCGACCUCGAUUCCAAAACGGCGGCCGAUGCCACCAAGGACGACGGACCACAGCCCCCAAUCAAGCAAACAUCUCCACAAGCUGGCACCACCACCAGCACGGGUAUUCACGCAGCUGCAGGAGAGAACUCUCAGACCAGCUUGGCAUCAAGCACAGCAGCGUCCGUGACAGAGCACGUGGCACCCACAGACCCAAAGUCCCCUCACGCCCCUCAAGCUCAAGCCCCUCCCGCCGAUGCUGCUCCCCUGCACGCCACGCCACCCAAUAUAACCGGGGUCCCAAACCACGGCGUCUACCUAUCCGAACAACUAGGGGGCGGUCCCCUUCUUCAGCAAUCCACCCAAUCACAAGAUGCGAUACCAGCGCCAGCAUCUACACAGCCGGAGAUCCCGCCGCCCCCGCCGGUCAUCGAGCAGACGGGCCGCAACCUGACGAUCCUCGAGAACUUCGACGACCGGACCGCGCAUAGCAAGAAGUUCAGCAUGUACUUCAACGCAAAGAAGCCGCCACGGUUGACCAGCCAGCACAAACAGCUAACCAACCAACCCACCAACCAAACAGAAAUCUCCUCCUCCCUCUGCGUAAUUACCUCCCUCCCCUCCCGCUACCGCGACCCGGAGACCUCCCUUCCCUACGCGAACUCCUACGCCUACGGCCAGAUCCGCCGGAUGCUGUCGCAGGGGUACAUCUGGAGUUCGAUGCUAGGCUGCUUUGUUGGGCCCGGCGGUGUCGCGGCACGCGGCGUGCCAGACCGAUUCCUGGGCAAAGAGACAAAGCCCAGCGCCGAGGAUGCUGAGAAAAAGGCGGACCCGGCGACGCAGGCAGCGGCUGGGGCUGGGACUGCAGGCGGCGGCGCGAGUGCCACUGACGAGGCGAAAAGUGCGCCCGAGCCCAUGGAUGUUGAUGCGACAUGA